CAAUUAGAUCAUUGAACCACAAGAAUCUGGUAGAAAAUACUGAAGAAAAUAAGGAACAUAUAUUUAAUUAGCGAAUUUAAUGUAGUGUGUGUAUGUGUGUGUGUGUGUGUGUGUGAGUGUGAGUGUGUGUGUGUGUGUGGUGGAGGUGAGUGUGGUGGAGGCCAAGACAACUAAGCCCCACCACAACCUACACACACUCAACACAAGCUUUUCACACUCUACACUCUCGUCAGGAAGAAUUUAAUUUGUCUUGGAAAAUGAAAAAAAAUAAAAGUUAGUUGAAAUUUACCUGAAAGAAAUAUGAAAUUACAACCCAGUGUACCAUAGUGUUUAAUGAUAAGAACCGACUAUAACCCUCUGUUGUCUUAGAGAUUAUAAAGGGAAUAUAUACAAUGGUUUUUAAUCUAAUAGUUGGCGGUGUGUCAGAGAUCAAAUGCAAAUGAAAAACUUGUGUUGAAUUAAAUAAAUAUGAAAUACAAGGAAAAAGUUGAUCUCUGCGAACACUCGUGUGGCAUCACCAUCCCUAAGCCCUGAUUGGUCACUACAGCAAAACAAAAUAUGGUCGUGACGUCAUCAUCCCAAGGGUUGUGAUUGGUGAGGAUGAAAAUCACCAGUUGUGUCAUCUAUUACAUCACCAUUCUCCUCAAGCGGUGAUUGGUGAGCAUGACGAUCGCCAGGUGGGCCAUCUCUUACGUCAUAGUCCUUCUAAGGCCGUGAUUGGUGAACAUGACGAGGAUAUACAGAUACGUCAUCCCCUACGUCAUCAUCUUGGCCACCCUCAACUCUCACACUCACAUCAGGGCUGUGUCGUCUGUGGUGGCCCUGGGUGCCAACUUGCUGUGUUCCAGAGUGCCAGGUCUCACCGCCCGCCAGCGCCGCAUCUGCACCAAGGCACCGGAUGCCAUCGUGUCCAUCAGCGAGGGUUCCCGUACUGGCAUCCGGGAGUGCCAGCAUCAGUUCCGGCACCACCGCUGGAACUGUUCCCUCAUGGCUGCCGGCAGUGGUGUCUUCGGCCACGUCGUCCUCAUAGGGAGUCGAGAGGCGGCGUACGCGUAUGCAGUGGCCAGUGCUGGGGUGACGUACAGCGUGACGGCGUCCUGUGCCCGCGGUAAUAUCUCCACCUGCGGUUGCGACGACCGCAAGCGGGGUCGCUACAGCGCCUCCGGCUGGAAGUGGGGUGGCUGCAGCGCCGACAUCAACUUCGGCAUCAAGUUCGCGAGGAAGUUUGUGGACGCCCGGGAGGUGGAGGGAGACGCCCGCGCCCUUAUGAACCUACACAACAACAACGCCGGCAGGAGGGCGGUGAAGAAAACGCUGAAGACAGAGUGUAAGUGUCACGGGGUAUCUGGUUCCUGUACCAUGAAGACGUGCUGGAAAACGCUGCCACCCUUCACCAAUAUCGGCCGACACCUCCUGAAGAAGUACAACAAAGCCAAGCCCGUCAUCGUCCACAGGAGUCGUAGGAGAUCCUCGCCCUACUUACGGCUGCGAAGGACCAAGAGACGGGCCCGGCGACCACGCAAGUCUCACCUGGUGUACCUGGAAAAGAGCCCUAACUACUGUGACAUGAACCUGGCCACGGGCUCGUUGGGCACGGUGGGCCGGCGCUGCAACAGAACAUCCAGAGGUGGUGAUGGGUGCGACUUGUUGUGUUGUGGGCGCGGCUACAACACUCACCAGUACACCCGCAAGUGGCAGUGUAACUGCAAGUUCUACUGGUGCUGCUACGUCCAUUGUCACACCUGCCAGGAGGAGACAGAGGAAUACACCUGCAAGUGAUCACAACCCCAACGGGGAACACACACACCAAGAGUUCGUUUGUCAGCGUCACACGUUGUACAUGAAACAAUGUGUAGUUCACUCGUGGUUUUAAAGUGUGAUGUGAUACUGUGAAAAAGUUCAUAUGCCAAAAAAACAUCAACUAAUGCUUCUAACUUUGACAUUAGUAUUAAUAUCUACGUGAUAAAAAUGUGAUAACUUAGAAUUCUUCAUAAGAUUCUUAGCAGUGACUUAGAACUGUCCACGACGGAGAAGUGAACGUUCUCUCUAAGCUUAUAAUCGUGUUUAUUUUUUACAACAAAUUAUUUGCUAUAUUCUGAGCUUAUAUCUACCUACUGAAACCUUCAGCUGUUGCGAUAAUAAGACUAGCUAGCCGAACAAUUAAAUGCAAAGCAGUUUUUUCCAGCAACUACCGUACUGUCGUUGUCUCAUGAUUUAUAUGUUAAAUCUGAGUUGCCAGUGAGGUGCUUAGUCAUAGAUUAUAUUUCUUCAUUUUCCUUCUUUCUUUAGUGCUGUGUUUAUAACAUAAUCAAACGCCAAAUAUGCUUAUAAUAUGUACCACAAACAGUAAGCACAAUAUUCCUUAAAUGAACAUAGGAGUUAUUUGUAUUUUUUAUUUAAACUAUCAGUCAGACUGACUUUGAGUAAUGCAUCGUUGUACUGUAUUUGGAUCCCUGGCUUCGGGGUCAACUGAGCUUCCACUAGUACAGGUAUGUGGAUUAUUUUCAUUAGUGUCUCAUUUAUGUACAUAUGCCAUUCAUUGCUUUUUUAUUUGGUAGUUAAUGUAUGCAUGAAUAGUCAUUAUUAAGCCAAAUAUAUAUAUAUUUUGUGACCAUAAUUCCUUAAGAAAAGUUACCCUGGAAACAUUCGUUUUCUAUAUUAGUUUAGAGAAUAUUUUAUGGGUGACUGUUCCCAAGAGACCACAACUUACCCUAUAUACAGUAUAGUAUAAUUUAUAUUAAAGCGACAGUGAAUGGGAAAAUAAAUAUAACUAAUUUAUAAAACCUCUAUAUUAAAAGAAAAACUAAAUGCUGAAAUCAAAAUGAGUAUAAUGAUAAAUUUUCGUUAUGAAUUUGGCAAUGAUUGACCAACUGUGUGUAAAGAACAAAUCGACCGCCUAAUAAAGUGACAAUUGGCGAAGAUAAUAAAUAAGUAAAUAAACUAUCAUAAAAGUUCAUUUUAUUUAGUCAUGUCACAAAAACUGAUAAUGCCAGGAUGGAAAUUUACCUGUACUCUGAAGGGUCAUACUGUUUUAAUAAAAACAAUAAUAAAUCUUGAAAGUAAAUUCUAAUUGUAGCAAUAAACCUUUGUCAGUUCUAUUGUAUACAGCUUCCUACACCAAGAAACUUGUCUUUGCGUCAUGUAACAACGCGAUCAUUGGGUGAAAACAAACAUUUGAUGUGGUAAGGUAGUACAUACAACAGCUCUAGAUACAGAUUAUCAGAAGCUGGCUUAAGGAACAGUCCUCCCAACUAAAGACGUGAGGAUGCAUCUAGUUGGUUGAAUUGAACUAAAAAUACGUAAAAAUAGCAUAAUAAUUACACCAAGUCUCAACCAUCACUGGACACCAGUCAGGGUAUGAACUUAUCAAGUACUGUACUUCCAGAAUAAAACAAAAACGCAAAAGAGACACCCUCAAAAAUAAUAGGUGGCGAGUAAUUAGCGUUAGAAAAACUAACUAAAAUUUCCAAGUCAUUAGCACAAGUAAUUACCCAAGAAUGUUUUUUUUUUUACCUUACCUACCUAAUGGCCACCUAUGCCGAGGGAAGGAGGCUAGUGGUGCCUGUAAGAUCCCUCUUCCUGUACCCUGACUACUUUGCCACUUCUGAUCUUUAGUUGAACAUUUCAUUAUUGUGGGUCACUGCGUAGCUUUCAUUUUUUCCCUGAGCUCUUUGCCGUUAUUUUGGUUGGCGAAUUGUCUGUUCGUGGGUUAUGUAAACAUUACUAUACUCUGGUACUCACUUGAGGUUCUGUGCCUUCUUUAAGAUAUCCCUCCUGUACUCGUGUUUGGGAUGGCGGUCCUCACUAACUGCCCUGUGUGUUUACUAAGUCUUUCCACAUUCAUGAAGUGCAACUCGUCUACAAAGUCAAACACAUUUCUCAGCAUCUGUUUGACUGAUUGUUCGCCUGCCUCUCCAAGUUAUUUGUAAUAAGGUUUAUCCCUGCGUUUGUUUCUCUCUAUUUGUCCACACAUCUCAUCUCGAAGAUUUGGUAUUACAUUAACUCUAACUGUCACAUUAUCAAUCUGCUCCAAGAUUUUCUGUAGGUUGUGUAAUUCUGCCUGCAUUGAAUUCUGGGGAUCUGCCAUUUUCUGCUUAAGUUUAUCUUGUUCUUUAUCAAACUUGUCUGUCUUGCUUUCAUGCUCCCCUACAGUCUUAAAUAACUCCUUUACUUGUUCCAUGCAUUCUGUGCAAGGAAACAUGGCAGAUUUAUUGUCAGAAACUGAGAUGCAUUUGUAAGGCGCUCAAACUAUCCAAGCAGGAGCGAACUCGUAGCAAUGGUUGUAAAUUAUACAAAUUUAGAUUUAGGCGCGAGAUAGGUAAACACUGGUUUGGAAAUAGAGUAGUGGACGAGUGGAACAAGUUACCAAACAUCAUUAUCAACUUGACUACGUUGGGUAGCUUCUAAUAUAGGUUGGACGGAUAUAUGAACAGGAAUAGUCCAAGUGACAUUGUAUGAGCGUCAAGCAAAGUGUCCUACGGGCAUCACCUGAGAGGCAUUUAGCAUUUCUCUAGUUAAACACAGUGGAGAUGGUUCAUUCCCACUUAGUACCUUUUUGAGCUUUCUUUUUGGUCCAAAUAAUAUUGGUGCUAGUUACUUCACUUGCUUUCGAACGCUUAUUUUGAGUUCACAAAGCUUGUAAAUGGAACAAUAAAAUUUAUGCACUGUUCACUUAGUGUUAAUGUUCCACGGUACAACUUUCACUGUCAGCAUUGUUGUAAUAUAGUAAGAAUUCACGACUUGUUGACCUGGUGGUGACCUGUGAUGCUCUUGUUACCAGCAGGUCAAUAAUUGUCUCUCAUUCACUAUUCCGUUUCUUUUGUAUACUACUGUGAGUUGGUCUUGGUUUUCCUUCACUUCAUUACCCGGUGUGUCUAUGAUGGGUAGCUCACGGUCACCACUAAUAAAUAUCUCUGGUUGAGUUGCUCUCCUUUUCACUCUUAUUUCCCUCGCCUGGCGGCCUACAAGGCAACUGUCACUUAGCCGUUGGACGUUUCACUCAAACUAAUGAAGUUUAUAUUUUCCCUCAAUUAUGACGUAACGUGGCAGUAACUUUGGUGAUAUUAUUGGAUCAUUGUCUGAGGCUUAAAGUUCCUUGCAUGAAAUAUCUUGAAAGACUUUUUUUUUUUAGAGCCCGGCACGGCGCGCUACACCACACACCCUUAAUCAGCGUGUUCAGUAGUACCUAUAUUGAUAUUCUGAAAUAAAAAUAAUUCGAAAUUACCCAGGUUACGGUUGAACCGUUCGAUAUUUUGGCCAGAAAACUAUUUUUCUCUAAGAAUUUGAAUUUAAGAUGUGUUUAACUACAUUUGGUAGACUAAUUUUGAUUCUAAUUUUAUAUUAUUUUAUUUUUUAACUUCAGUCAACCAGUUAGGUGCAUUCUUACAACUUCAGUAUACGAGGAAUAUUAAUCUUACGAACCUUUGAUAAUUGCCCUGCAGUGUAUGGCUCUAGAUGUACAGUAGUUUGGGAGUCACUGUGAACGCCGCCGAUGUGUCCCUUUAUUUUAUAUGAAGACUUAUUUAAAAUAGCGGCAUCCUUUACGAGUGUAUAGAAAAUUUUCAGCAUUUUUAUUUUUAUAUUUUUUUUAAAUUUCAUCCUCUGAAUCUUAUCUCAGUAAUAAGUAACAGUUCCCCAAGGUUUAAUACUCAGUCAUCAAUUCUGUAGUUUUGUACAUUCUAGGGCAGUCAUAACCAAUAUUAGUUCACAGUUUCAUACCAGCAGUCAUCUUCACAAACCUCUUUAUACAGAAGCCCAAAGGAAUGUUAACAGAGAAGAAUUUCACGGGUCGGCACAACUUAAGGACUUUAUCUCAAGCUGUAAGGAACUAGAGUUGUAACAAUUACCCCUUAAUGGUGCAAAAAAAAUAAACUUGAAAUUCUAACCAAAUAAUCCAAGGAUGCACAUAAAGAAUCUAUAAACUUUCAUUGUUCUAUGUUGAAUAUUUUUUUGUGUGACACUUGCAGACAAAAGUUGGAUUGGACGAAUGGCCAAACAGAUACAAAUCACAAACAAUGUCUCCUUAAUGCCUCGUGGAAGAAUAAAAAUUGUCUAUACAGGUACAAAAAAACAUGUUUCCUAUAACCAUGACUGACUUAAAUUUUACCAGAGAAGUGUGAUUGACUUCUGCCUUGGCGUAUUUGUGAAACUCAAUUGAAGCUGCCAGAGUAAUGAUCAAGUAGUCAUACACAGUACUGUAUAUCUAAAUAUUCAAAGUCAAUGUUGGGGUUACAGAUAUCCAAGAACAAUAAAUAAACGCUCAUAUUUUAACAGACAUCACAGCUUGGGAUCACCAUCUACUCCUACAUAUGUAACUAAUACAUUUUAACUACAAAUAUUCCACAAAACAAAGAUACAAGCUCAAGUGUUUCUUUUCACCCAUUACCUGACGUUUCCCGCUACGAUGUCCCGCCGAUUCUGUGAAUGUAAUUCAUUAUUCAUUUGUUUCUUAAUAUAAUUUACAGUAUGACGGAUCCCAAUUUAAUUAAUUGCUAUAUAAACGCUUCUGCUUGUACCCGCGAUAGCAACAAUUGGUAAUUUCCCAGUUCGCUUGUAGUAGUGGAAGUGGCCAAAGCCAUCAUAAUUCUUCCCACACAUUACAGUUUUGCGAAGCAUAAUUAUGUAGUGACGUUAACUUAGAGAUACGUUGCUUAUGAUUUAAACAACCAACGAGAAUAUUUUGAUAUUAUGGCAGUAGUCCCAUUUGUGACGAUUAAUGUGCAUCAAAAUUAUUCACUGCAGGUAACAAAGGCUAGGCUGAUCACGGUCUACACAGAUGUUUCAGAUUUGAUAAAUUGGCGAGAAAACUAGAGUGAAGGUUGAUGACCAUUCAGUGGAAUCCUGAUACAUUUUGUAAUUCAUCUCGUGAAUAAAGUUUUAUUUUCA